AUGGCGAUUAACAAGCUUCCACUUCUUCUCCUUCUCUCCGUCAUCCUUGUCUUCCUCAACCGCCCUGUCCUUAGCGAGACCGAUGAAGAGGACGUUCUUUUCACAGGCAUCAACAGCUACAGAACAACGCAGAAUCUGACAACCUUAAACAAGAACGAGAACGCAGAGUGUCUAGCCGACGGAAUCGCAGACCAAUUCAAGAACAAGCCUUGCACCAACGACACUGGCUCAGCCACAGUUCCUGGAACCGAGCCACAGUUCGCAAACUACCCUCAGAUUCUAGCCAAAUGCCGCUUAAACGUCUCCGACACAAGAGACGGCAUGAUUAUGCCCGCGUGUGUUCCUCGCUUAGACUCGAGCCUCGUCCUCACCAACUUCACCAAGUCACAGUACUCGGCGAGUUUGAACGAUUCCAAGUUUGUAGGAAUGGGAAUUGGUAAAGAAGAUGAUUGGAUCGUUGUGGUUCUCACUACCAACACACCAGAAGGAAGCUUUUCUGAAGAUACUGAUACAAAGCAUGAUGAUGAUGAUCAUGAUGAUUCAAAUGGCUUCACCUUUCGUUUUGGUCUAGUUAAUUAUAUGCUUAUUUUCCUGUUUUCCAUUUGUCUCUUCCUCUAUUGA